AUGGAGGCCCCGACGCUCGUCGAGGUCGACGACCUCAGCCCGGCAGGCUCCCUCGAGACGGGCAGCCCGUCCGUCUACUCCGACAUGGGCAGCCCCUCCACCGAUGGCAGCCCCAUGGAGGCAGCUCCGGCCGAGAAGCCGGUGCUCCUGCGCGCGUCUCAAGAGAUUCCCUACGUCGGCUUGGGUGCUUACGCGAAGCGCGCCGCCGAGGCCGCCGCGCGCCGGCGGCACCAGCAGCGGCGGCCGCGCUACCGCACCGCGCGGCCCGACGCCGCGGACGACGCGUUGAGGGCGUUUGCCGGCCGGGCGAAGCGAGCCGCUUCAUCAGACAAGCCCCAGCAACUGGACGUGCUCAAGGUCGGCGCCUUGACGCAGCAAAACCUCCACGUCUCGGUCGCGCUGCCGACGCGGACGCCGUCGUCCGGCCUGCCCACGGGCUUUUCCGCGACGUCGAGCGAGGAGGAGAGCGUCGCUCCCGUCCCGACGAAGGUGAAGCGCUCCGUGGACUCGACGACAUCCCCGGCGCCGAUGAAAUCGGUGGACACCGCGUCAUCCCCAGCGCCCUGGCGGAGCCCCCAAACAUCAACCCUGAAGUCGCCCGGCUUCGCGUCGCCUCCAUCGCUCAAGUCGCCGGCGGUCACGAAGCAGCAGAAGCUCGUCGAGGACACGAAGAAAUCCAUAAAAGAGGCCAUCGCGCUCGGCGACGCGGACGCGUUGAAAGCAAGGACGCCCACCGACGGGCCCUCGAAUUUGAUCCGGGACGUGGAAGAAGCCGAGGAGCGCUACCGCGCCAAGGAGUGGGAGUUCGAGAUGAAGCGCGCGGAAUUCAACCUCGACCUGCCGCCGGGCGCGCUGGCCGGGAAUUCGGAGCCCGCCGAGCCGAGCGCCCCGCCGACGACGCGGUCGCCGGCGCCCACAACAAGGUCGCCGCGGCCGGCGAGCCCGAAGCGCGCGGCGAGCCCGCGGCCGCGGGAGGCGCGCGUCUCGACGCAGAGCUUCGGCUGCCAGGCGGACGAGGAGAACGUGCCCUACGGUCAAGUAAUCGUGCCGACGGCCGACAAGCUGCCCGCGUCGAAGCGGCGCGCGCGCGACCUGCUGGCGCGCCAGGAGCACGCGGCCAAGGCGCUGCGGGCCCUCGCCGACCUGGAGAACGUCGACGACGAUAGUGAUGAUGGCAUGGGCGACGAGGGGCUGAUCUUCGACGAGAACGUGGGUAUGGCGUUCCUGCACGUGUCGGACGUGACGGGCGUGCGACCCGCGGCGGACGUCGCGGCGUCGGCCGCGGAGCACGACUUGAUCCGACGAGCACAACAGGGCCCGGAGACGCGCUCGCCGAAGCUACGCGGCGACGACGCGUCGCCAAUGGAAUCAUUUAAGAUGAUCACGCCGCGGGGGACCUUGAGGGAGCGCCUCGAGCAGAUGGAGGCCUUCGCCGACAAGCUCGAGGUCGAGUUGGACCAGGGUAGGGAAAGGAUCGAGGGCUUCGUCGAGCAGAUGCGGCAGGAGUCGCCCCAUCGAGGUGAGCUCAACCCCAUGGUCCUCCCGUCCCCCAGAAGUCCGCCGCCGCCGCCGCCGCCCAAAUCGCUCUCGUCGCUGGCAUCACGGUCGCCGCCGCCGCCGCCCCUGGAAACGGCGUCGGUCGAGCGCCACGCGCUGUCGAACGUCCAGGGCGCCUGGGGCGCCUACGAGGAGCUCGCGGCCGCGCUGGACUCUCCCCCGCCGCCGAAGGGCCCCGCGCACCGGACCGGGACGGCGACGGCUCGCGCCGGGAGGCGCGGCGGCCCUCGCGCGCGGCGGCCACCCGCGGCGAAACGCAUCGGGCGGGACAUCUGGUAA